AUGUCCACCUUCAACCCUUUUCGAUCCGAGCGACUAGCUUAUCGAGCCAUUGAAGACACACCGGAAGACGACGAUUUCAUUCAUUCCAUCCAGUCCGAUCCCCUAUCGUACGCGACCUCAAAUUCAACACUAUUAAAGCCUCAAACGAAAAGUGAUACAUUGAAUGGCUACAAGAAAAAUCUUGUUAAGGACACACUUUUAGCAGUUAUCAUCUUACUACCAACCCCGAAUGCCCAUGACCAACCUGGAACGGCUGGCCCUCCCCAGGAAAUGUGGACGUCGAUCGGAAUUAUAGCUCUCAAAAAGGACGAACCGGGUCACGGCCAUCAUCGCAAAAGUUCUAUCAGCAUCGAUAUUGCUAAGCCCUAUCAGAAUUAUGGCUACGGAAGCGAAGCGAUUGAAUGGGCGGUAGAUUGGGGGUUUCGGAAAGCUGGUUUGCACCGUAUCGCAGUUGAAGCUUUCUCUUAUAACCAAGGUGCUACACGCCUUUAUGAGCGCUUGGGCUUUCAAUUUGAAGGACGGCAAAGAGAAGCUAUCUGGUACGAUGGAGAUUGGCAUGAUCUGUUAACCUUCGGCAUGCUGGACCGAGAAUGGAAAGGACAGCAACAGACCUAG